GAGCGUCUUCAACGAAGCUAGCUACCACUUUUCUUCUAACAAAGAGAAGAAAAAACUAGAUUUCCAUACAAGAAAAUCAGUUUUUAUUAUGUAAGGGUAUGACAAGCAUCAAAUGGAAUGGUAUGACCAACAGAGAAGAAAAGAGAGAACGAAAAUUGACCAACAAGCAACGAAAAAUGGAAGAAACGAUGGUGAUUCGACUCAACAAAGCAUUUAAUGUCAAAAAACUAGAGAGAGUCAAGUAGAAGCGUGUGAUUUGAAUAUAUAUAUAUGUACAUAAUAUAUUAAGGCUGCCAUUAAUUUGAAACUCUGUUUUCCGGUUGCUAUAAGAAAGGUCAAAUCCGUACCAUCUUCUCAUUGGCUCUCUUGUUCUGGCGUCAGCUUGACCGAUCGGUUCUUCUUUAUCCUCGUCACGACGAUCUCAUCGGCGCAAUCAGCUACGUUCUUGCUGGCGGCGUUGUUUUAAUGCUGUCUAAUGGGGCUUUUGUGUUCUUUCUGCGUCUGCUUGCAGAAAAAACUUAAAGCUGCUAAUUCUGCCGGUGCCGACAAAGCGGAUGAUGAAGAUGUAUCCACUGACAUCUUCUUUGAACUGAAUACUUUGCAAAUUGCUACUAAUUUCUUUUCCGAGGCGAAUAAGCUCGGCAAUGGAGGGUUUGGACCCGUCUACAAGGGUUUGAUGCCAAAUGGCCAACAAGUAGCAGUCAAGAAGCUGUCGAUAGAUUCAAGACAAGGAGUGAAGCAAUUUAGUAAUGAAGUGAAACUUCUAUUGAGAAUUCAGCACAGAAAUUUGGUCAUUUUAUUGGGCUGUUGUGUGGAAGGACCUGAAAAGAUGCUUGUGUAUGAAUACUUGCCAAACAGAAGUCUUGAUUACUUUAUUUUUGAUAAAAAGAAGUCUCGAUCCUUGGAUUGGACAACACGGUUCCAUAUAAUUACGGGUAUUGUGAAAGGUCUUCUCUACUUACAUGAAGAAGCUCCUUCAAGAAUUAUACAUAGAGAUAUCAAAGCUAGCAACAUAUUAUUAGAUGAGAAAUUGAAUCCGAAAAUCUCAGAUUUCGGACUAGCACGACUUUUUCCUGGAGAAGAUACGCAUUUAAAUACAUUUAGGAUCGCUGGCACUCAUGGCUAUAUGGCUCCUGAGUACGCAAUUCAUGGGUAUUUAUCUGUAAAGAGCGACAUUUUCAGUUUUGGUAUCUUGGUAUUGGAGAUUGUUAGUGGAAGAAAAAAUCACGACGUUCAACUUGGUGGACAACAAAUUGACCUCUUGGGAUAUGCAUGGUUGCUUUACCAAGAAGGAAAGAUUUUAGAAUUAGUCGAUCAAAGCCUAACAAAAUACAACGUAGAUGAGGCAGCUAUGUGCAUACAGUUGGGUUUGUUGUGUUGUCAAGCAAGUGUUACGGAUAGGCCUGAUAUGAAUACAACUCAUCUCAUGCUUUCUAGUGAUUCAUUCACGUUGCCGAAACCUGGAAAGCCAGGAAUUCAUGGUCGAGCACCACGUCGAACAACUACCUCUACUUCGGGUUUCACCAAGACAAAUACUAGUACACAAAGUGGCGUUACCAAAGCCUCUACUAGUAAUAGUUUGAUGGAAGAUUAUUCAAGGAAUUCCAUAUCCGUUUCUUCCUUUGAUGAAGGCAGGUGAUCAUUUCUGUUAUGCAUAGUACGUAGAAAUUUGCUAUUGCUUUAGUUCGCUCCAUUUUUUUUCAUUCUAAAUAAAUUAUGAAAUACUAACAUACGAAAAGGAUCGAUCAAAUUCUCUCUUCUUUUUUAUCCAAUUAAAUCUUAGUUUGCUAAUAAUAAGAAGAAUUAAAAAAUGUUGAUUGUUUGAUACAUUUUUUAAAUAAAAUUUUCAAUUUAAGAAGUGUGUUCUUGGCUCCAUAACUUCAAAUUUCAAUGUCAAACUAUUACCCUCAACCCUUACUCAAAUUUUCUCUUCUUUGAAAACUUGAAACAUAAAAUCACAAAAAUCACAAGUUUUAACAACAAAAAUUAAAUCCAACUACAACUAUCACGUUUAAAAAUUAGUUUCCGCCAUUAAUAGCUUGAUAUCCUUUUUCGUUCAAAUUCACGGCUGAUUAAAACGUCUACUCCAAAUUGGUAAACAUAACAAUACAAGAAUAAAUAAGGGCAUUCAAAUGCUACCACAUUCAUAAAAACAAUUCGCUUUGGCAAAUCAAAAAUCAUAUAAAAACAGAAUCUAAGACCAUCACUCAACGUUCUCAACAUCAAAAAUUUGAAUGACUUUUAACUAAAUGCAUCUAAAACGGUAUCACAUUGCAUGAAGGUUAUUAUUAGGCCUCGGUUAUCGGGAACUCAAACGCAACAUCUUUCCCAGAAAGCUUCCUGUAAACUGCGGCAAAGCUCUCCAACUUGUACUCAGUGUUGUUCCUCUCCUUUGGGUCCAAGAAAACCUGCAU